UAUUUUGAUGACUAAUGAUACUGUCCCAACUACAACAACAAAAAAUAUUAAAUACAUGUAAUUGUAUCCUUUAUUUAAAAAUACUGUAGAAUUCCAUUCAUUCGUAUGGAGGACUGGGCCGUACCGGGGAGUUCCAAUAUGGCCGCCCGUUGGCUUCAAAGGAUCAUAAUGGCCAUAAAUAGCAUCCCGAAAUCCAGGGUUUAUAUACAUCGUUGGUUACAGUGUAAUUUACAGGAACGAACUAAGUACUACCUACCACAUAGGCUACCCGGAAAACGGACACACGGACAAGCAGCACAGACAGGUCGAGUUCGUUUUCUGAGUCCUGAAGUGUGUACCUGAUAAACACGACAAUGGCUAAACGUAAUAGCUGUUUCCAACGGCUGUUUAUCUUCUUCAAUCUGCUGUUCGCGAUUGUUGGAGGUGUGAUUAUCGGCCUGGGACUUCUGGGACAAUUCGUCUACCAUGACAGUACUUCAGAGUUUGAGAACCAGUCCAAAGGGUUUGUGGUGCUGUAUUUGGUAGGAGGCAUCACCAUGGCCAUGUCUCUGCUUGGGGUGUACGGAGCACACAGACAGAAGAGAAUUCCCCUGAUCGUGUUUCUGGUAGCCUGUUUUAUUGGCUGCUUCGGCCUCCUGCGUCUGGCGGUGCCCACAGCCAUGUACCGUUCUGAGAUGGAGCAGAUCAUGGAGGAGAAGUUCCGUGAGGUCCUGCCUCUGAACGAAGCCUCCCCUGAUGUUAGACAGCUCACUGAGAGGAUCCAGCUGAAUUUGAAGUGCUGUGGACUGCUCAGUUACACAGACUGGGGCAACAACAUCCCUGACUCCUGUCUCUGUCAGCGUGAGGAAGAUCAGAUGGAGGGUACAUGUCUGAGCAUUCCAUACCAGUUGUCGUUCUUUCCAGAGUUCAGGAUGACUGAACAACCGCAGAUGAUCUACAAACAGCCCUGCUUGCCCAUCCUCCAGGGCUACCUGGCUAAAGUUCUGGAUAUCCUGUUGGGCGUUUCCUUCGGAUUCGCUGCUCUGGCUCUCCUGGGAGCGGUGAUGUCUGCCGUCCUGCUGGCUCAGCUGAGGAGCUCUACCGUAGCGGUUCCUGUGCUGUUCAGCGUCAGCUCUCACCUGUCCAAGUUCAGCUUCGGUGCCCACCCGCCCAAGUACAGCGAGCUUUACAACGAGCCUGAGAAGGCCGAGAAGUGAAAAGCAGGCUGAGUUUCAGGAUGUGGUUAGUUAGAUGACAUGGUUUAGGCUGGCUCAGCAUAGAAAUAUAACUACUAGAAUGGUUAAAGCCCCACAGACCCACAGGCUCAGCAUAGAAAUACAACUACUAGAAGGGUUAAAGACCCACAGGCUCAGCAUAGAAAUACAACUACUAGAAUGGUUAAAGCCCCAAAGAACUCGGCACAAUGACUGGACAACCAUGGGGUAUGAUCAACCAUGGGGGGGAUUGUCUUUCUAGUGAUCUAUUUCUAUGGUGUCCAGACUCACACUGUUUCCCUUCCACAUCUUCUUCUUCUGGUUGUUUGUUUGUUUUUCAACGAGAGGUCUCCUUAACUCUCUUACUGACUGUCAAACCAAAAGGAAGGUGCUGCUUCCUUCUGUGUCUCAUUUGCUUUGAGUUGUACGUUUAAGAGAAUCACCACCGGUGGUUUUAUACAUAUGCAGGGAGUUCUUAGUAAAAUGGUUGCGAAACGUUACGUUUUAUUUGCAGAAUGAGACACAAAGAACUGGCAGGGCGUUUUUGAAAAGAGGAUCAUACAAGAGAGAGUACAACUCUGAGAGAGGAAGGACAGAAUGUCAUUUCCAUAUGACUUUGAAUGUCAAAUCAUUUGCCUUGUAGCUGCAAUAAUGAAAGGGAAACGAAAGUGGAUGUUGACGAAGGGAAAAUCAAUAUCUGUAGCUGACACACAAGUCCUUUGUUUUUUGCAAUGAAAUGAAAAAUGUUAAAUGUUUUGCUAUGAACUGUAAAUCCUUAAAUGAAAUAUACCACAUGCCAACUGUCUUGCUCUCUCUAUUUUUCUAAAUAAAGCAUCUGGCUUCUA